AUGCCACCUUUGAAAAGAACAAGCUCAUGCACGGACAUUGGCUUUACUCUUCGUCGCCAAUUUCACAAGGAAGAUUUCAGGCCUCACCAGCGUGAAAUCAUCGAAGCUGCUCUCGACGGCUUUGAUGUUUACGUCCAAGCAGCCACGUCUUUUGGUAAAAGUCUUUGCUUUCAACUACCAGCAGUCAUCGACCAAGGCACCCUGAAAUCCUCCGGUAUCGAAGCCAACUUUUACAGUAGCAUAACUCCUUAUGAUGAUCGGCGUCGCAUUGAGCGCGAUCUUGAGAGCGGGCAUCCAAGGACCAGGCUAUUGUAUGUCACGCCAGAGUUAUGUUCAGGCUCACGGUUUCGCGAACGGCUGCAACUGGUCUACAAGCAAAAGGAGCUUGCACGUAUCGCCAUUGACGAAGCUCAUUGUGUGUCAGAAUGGGGUCAUGACUUUCGAAAAGAUUUCAAACGUCUCUCUUGGUUUCGAGACACUUUCCCAGAUGUACCAAUAAUGUGUCUUACAGCUACGGCAAACCCGCAGGUUCGCCAAGACGUACUAUCUAUUUUGAAACUCGAUCAAACUCCAGAAAGAACGAGAGAGUUUUUGAUGAACCCUCAGCGUCAAAACUUGCAUCUUGAAAUUCGGUACACCAAGGACGAAGAAGAUAACCGCCUACAGGAUUUUCUAAGGUGGAUCAACGCUGUUUAUGACCGUCGUAAGGAUGGUGAGAGAAAGGCAGAACUCGAACAGGUGAAUGAAAGAGUCGAAAGUGUUCCUGGGAUUAUAUACACUAUAUCUCGGGAUGAAUGCGAGACCCUGGCAGCCUCCCUUCGUUCAGAAGGCAUUGGUGCCAUGCCCUUUCAUGCCAAGCUCGCCAAGGAAGUCAAAGAAGAAACACUCGCCCGGUGGAUCAAUAACGAGUCUGGGUACGAUAUCAUUGUUGCCACGACCGCCUUCGGCAUGGGUAUUGACAAGAAUAAUGUACGCUUUGUUGUCCAUUGGCGUAUUCCCAAGUCUUUUGAAGGUUACUACCAAGAAGCUGGUCGUGCUGGUCGAGAUGGCAAUGCAAGCUAUUGCUUUCUUUACUAUAGCCGAGAAGACCUGGAGCGCGUCACGAGAUUGAUCCGAUCCGAUUCCAAAGCUGAGACAAAUCAGAUUGCCAGACUCAAGAGCUUGCAGGCGCUGGCUCAAUACUGCGAAGACACUGAUAAGUGUCGACAUGCUGCCAUAUGCAAAUACUUCGGAGAAUCCAGCACGCCAGACUGCGACUUUGCUUGUGAUUGGCACAAGGAUCCCCAAGAACUUGAGAUGAGAUUCAUGAGGGGCUUAGCAAGUGAAGAAUGGGUGAGCACGCAGGCAAUGCAGGGCACUUAUGAUGAUGGGCAUUAUGACGAGUAA